CUGAAAUUGGUAAAAUUUUAAUUUAUUCCAUAUUCUCUGUCUAUGUUUUCAGAUAGGCCAGCAAUGUACACUGACCAAAAGUACGUCUUUACCAAAAACACUUUUCCUCGGUAUACUUACUCGUCAAAAUACGCCGAACAACUGGACACAAAAGGAACAUGUUUAAGAUCCUUUUACCAUUCGGUCACUGAUCCACCAUUGGACUUCGGUGAGAUCAGUAUUGCAAUAAAAGUUGGCAUUUGAAAACACUUUCGGCGGAUGAAUUACAAAACAUGAACACUUUUAAAAGAGAAGGCAGGUCGGAAACAACACAGAACGCAACUGAAACAGCCGAAGCAAAACGAAAAGGAUGUAUUAAUCCACGAAUUACAAUUACAACGUACGAUGACAUUCAACAUGGCAGCAUUAACAGAUUUAAAGACAUUACCGGGGACAUUCUUAUCAUAGUAGAAGACAAUCCGAAGGAAGCAGACAAAGCAUUAAGAUCCGUUAGAAGAAAAUUAGACAAGAGUAUAAUUGUCAAGAGUUGCUCUCGUGAACAAAUUGCCGUGACCAUUUGUACCACAUUGGAAUUAUUUGUUUUGCGAGUUCUGAAAAGUCGAAUAACAGCACUUAAGACGCUCUAUAGUCAGUUUAAGCCUGGUAAACUUCAAAUAAACCAAGCUCAGACAAAAACUAGGUUGACAACAAGUGGAGAAAAUCGAGUAAAAGUUGAUUCAAUCGUUCGCCCUAAAAGACAAAUCGAAGAUGAUGGCACACCAUCUGCCACAAGAUCAGGAAAGAAAUUUCAAAAAACGCUAUGCACCGAUUCGGAAAGUUGGAGUAUUUCGGAUAGACAGCGGAUCGAAAUGAUCAAGGACACACUUCAUGAGGCCCAUGCUUUGUACAGAAGAAGCGGAAUUUCGCAAGACGAGAGUCCUUUUGUAGAAGCUGAAGUACCCAUUCUCAGCGACGAGCUCGCAAAAUCUCUUUAUAUCAUCGACGACAGAAUUUACGGAUGCGGAUUCAGAAACUCAACGCUAGAGGUAUUCGUUAACGUGUCGCGAUUUGUUUUGAGUGACAAGGAAUUAGAACAAAUGGGUCUAAAGAUUGGAGCUGCUGCGAAGGAAUUUGAUGUUUACGAAACUGAAAUAAAAAUAGGACUAUAUAAACAGGUCAACUAUUCUUCCUCUCAAGUUGGCUCUAGAAUCAAAAACGACAUGGGGCAGUUUACGACACUUGGUGGUUUUGCAAGAAAGGAAGGAACAUUGCAUGUUUUACUCGCUAGACACUUUGCCGACCCUGAAUACGUUCGAUCAAUACAUUACGUUGACGAGGAAGGGAGUACAUUACUUGCACGCGUGUUAUCUGUGUCACAGCGUGGUUUCUAUGAUAUUUCUGUUGCAGAGGUUUUGCCAAAUAUAUUUCCAAAUACGAUGUUUCGGGAUAGCGACGGUCAUCCAAUGAAUAGCUCGUUAAUGGACAUGUCAACGGUCAACCGCAGAGGUCUAUGUGAACGGCAUGUUCAUUUCUGGGCAGAUGAACAAAAACCGAGGGUUGGAAAAAUUGUAAUCCCCGACUUCGAUGAAAGGUCGUCAAAAACUCGAUACGUUCUCAUCAAAGAAGUACUGGAGUUCAGUGAAGAACACAAUGAGCUGAGACCUCGUAGAUUAUGCGAAAAGGGUCAUAGUGGAGCUAUCUUCUGUUCUGAUGACAUCGAUGGACAAUGUGUACAUGUAUGUACUAUGCUCAUGGGAUCCAUUAAUUACAAAGAAAUGGCAAACAACCCGAAUGUGCAGGGCGAGUAUACAUCGUUCCCGCUUAACCAAGGACUAAAACAACUAAAUGAAGAACAUGGCGGAGAUUUUCAAAUCUGCUAAAAAGAGUGAGUAGAAGACAUUAAGCAAACGGUCUCAAAGAAAAUACCAAUGAGUUUAUUGACACGUCCGUGUCUAAGGACAUCGUUUAUCUAUGUGACAAUUGUGCAGAAAGAGAUAAAUUUUGAAAUAGUUUUGCGGCGUUUGGUUUCGUUGCGUGUCCGUCGGUCUUUUUUGUUUUAAUUGACGAUCAGUGUUGAAAAAUACACUUUGUUUUAAUUGUUGAACAGUGUUGAAAAACAUAAACUUUGUAUGUAUAUGUAUUCAUUAAAUUGACAUUUGUAUUGAUACUGAAUGCUAUGAAUGAGGAAAUUAAAACAGCUUGAAAAAGGGGUCUAAAUGCAAUGUUUGUGUAAAUUUUGAUAUCAUAUAUGAAAGAGAAAUAAUAAAAAAAAUUGUUUGAUACUCAAAUAACAUAGCGUCUUAAAAAGCUGCUCUUUGUGAAACCUUAAAGCUAUUCAAACUUCAAUCUAUGCAACUUAAGUG